AUGGAAGUUGUUAAAUUUGAUCAUCCAUAUGCAUCAAUAUCCGUAAAAGGUGAACCCGAUAUUGAAUCACUUCAAACAGAACUUAUUAUUAAAGAAGAAAUAAAAGAGGAAUGUGAUGAAACGUCUGAUAAAUAUUUAAGCUCAGUUAUGAAUUUAGAAUCAGAACUCAUUAUCAAAGAAGAGUUAAAAGAUGAUUAUGAUGAAACAUCUAAUCAAUAUUUAGGAUCAGAUAUGAAUUUAGAGCAUGCCGUUUCAAAUGCAAAUUUUGAUGAUACAAGAAAUAUUAACAAUAAUUCGAUACGACAAUUUGUAUGUAAACAUUGUGGAGCAAUGUUAAACAAAGAAAGACGUAGGAAAAAUUGUAUCGAUUCGAUGUUUUGUGAUAGAAGAUGUGCGAUAUUAUCUGAACCUAGCGAUACAAUUACCCAAAGAGAGUAUCAAUUCUUAAAAUCAAAAGCAAAACCAUUUAAGUGUACUACUUGUGACAAAGUGUUUUCAAAUAAGUUAAGUGUAAUGGCACAUAAUAUUAAAGAACACGUUGGUGAAAAAUGUUUUACGUGCCCUGAUUGUAAACAGAUAUUUUCUGAACGAAACGAUUUACUUGCCCAUAAUAUUAAGUUACAUCCUAAUGAUAAACGUCAAAAAUUACAUAUUAAAUGGAGACGGCGAAACAAUAAUCAAUUUUUGUAUAAGAGACCUAGACCAUAA